UAACAUCUUUUUUUAAAAUGUUAUCAUUUAAUGUAAUUAAAAGGUAAAAUUAUUGUAGUGAGUGUGUGUGAAGGGAUGUAAAAGGGAGUAUCCCUCUUGAAAUGAUUUCCCUCAAUAUGAGAUAUUUCUUUGUAAUACUUUACUGUGUUGAGUUUGAAUCUUGGGCUCAUUCUAUUAUGUACUACUGAUUAUUCCUAUUAAAUAAAGAUCCAUCAUUCAUUCAUUAUUGAGUUGAGUUUUUUUUGUCUAAUUUUCAAUUAAGUUCAAGUUUUAAUUUUGUGAUUUGUUUUAAUUCGGAAUUAUGUUUUUUGUUUUUUUUUAGUGUAGCGUAAUAGUAUUUUACAAUCAAUUAAUAGCUUGAUAAUUUAAAAGUUUUGGAUUCGAACCCGUAACUUUUUCCUUUUUCUCAUCCCUCCGUCACUACUAAGCUAGCCUUAGUGGCUUUUUAAAUUCUGUUUCUUAGAUAUUAUUACUCUUGUAACAACCUAUUUUGAAAGUAAGGAUUCACCACAAUAAAUUUAUGCAUAAUGAAUCCUAUAAUUUGAACAACUUUGCUUUUUAUAUGUAAAAAUCCAAACUAAUACAUGGUAGUUUUCCCUCUUGUUUUUUUCCAAAAAAAAAAUGAUAGAUAUUAUGAUUAUACAAAUAAAUGAGAAACAUCAAACAUCAUGUAGAUGUACAUGUGAAAGUGUGCUGAUACAUUACUGUAAAAGGAUGGAACGGAUCUCACAUUUUGUUAGUAUACGUGACAAAAUCUGUUCAUAAAAUUAAACAAUAUAAUUACUUCAUUAAUUUUCUCAUCUUUCGUUAUAUAUUGACACGAUCGAUCAGCGUACAUACCUUCAUUAAUUACUUCACAUUUUGAGUACAUGCUCCUUGCUUUUCGCCAAGUUCGUGCAGAGUAAUACCGUACGUAAUUGAUCAUGGAUUAUUCCUCAGCCACCACUACACUAUUUUCUCGUCCAGUUGCCGAUCUUCAAGACCACCAUGAUCAUGAAAAAGACCAUAAUAAUAAUAAUAAUAACACUACUGUUUUCGAUUUGUCUUUUCUUCGAGAUCAAAACAACAUUCCCGCCAAUUUCAUAUGGCCAGAAGGAGAUUUGCCAUCGAGCAGUGAUGCCGAGGAGCUUCUGAAAGCAACAGUAGUGGAUCUAAAAGGCUUCUUCAAAGGUGACGAAGCCGAGACACGUGUCGCUGCCGAGUUUGUUCAAGAAGCAUGCUCGAGCCAUGGAUUUUUCCAUGUUAUCAACCAUGGAGUAGAUCCUCACCUAAUUGAGCUGGCGCAGCAGCACAUGGAUUCUUUCUUUAAGCUUCCGGUGAGUGAGAAGCUUAGGGCAUUGACGAAGCCAGGUAGUUCUUCCGGCUAUUCAGCUGCUCAUGCAGAGCGCUUCUCCUCCACACUUCCGUGGAAGGAAACGCUGUCAUUUGGCUUUCAUGAGGACUCCUCCGUUCCCAUCGUCCAACAUUACUUCUCUUCCACUUUUGGCGAGGAUUUUGAGAACACAGGUAUGGUGUAUCAAUUGUAUUGUGAAGCAAUGAUGAAGUUAUGUUUGGAGAUAAUGGAAUUGCUAGCUAUAAGCUUGGGAAUAGACAGAAUGGAGUACAGAAAAUUCUUCGAAGACGGAAGGUCCAUUAUGAGAUGCAACUACUACCCGCCUUGUAUGCAACCAAAUCUGGCGCUGGGAACAGGUGCUCAUUGUGAUCCCACCUCUCUUACCAUACUUCACCAAGACCAAGUCGCAGGCCUUCAAGUCUUCCAUAACAACAAAUGGCUUUCUGUCCCACCUCUCAAAGCUGCCCUCGUCAUCAACAUCGGUGAUACCUUCAUGGCACUAAGCAAUGGAAAAUACAAGAGUAGUCUGCACAGGGCAGUGGUGAACAAAUACAAGGAGAGAAAAUCAAUGGCAUUCUUUCUGUGCCCAAAAGAAGACAAGGUGGUAAGGCCCCCCAAGGAACUUUUGUUGGGAGAAGAAACAAGACUGUACCCAAACUUCACAUGGUCCGAAUUGCUUCAUUUCGUUAAACAUUUUUACAGAUCUGAUAACGCUACCUUCCAAAACUUCAUCAACCGCCAGCUGCCACUGCCCACCUCCUUCGAUUGAUAUUUUCAAUUAUCUUGGAUUUGGAUUUUGUCUUUAACUAGAUUAUGUCACUCUAUCUAGGGACGCAUAGGCCACCUGUCCUUUCUUUAUUCACCCACCCAAUUAAAUAAGGCUUUCAUGCCCACCAACAAUAAAUAGGCCAAGUCAGCUAGCUAGAUAUAGUGACUUCUUCCAUGGGAAGAUUUUUGUUUUUUUUAAAAAAAAAAUAAAUAAAAUGCUAAAUUGAUCAGCACUUCUUUCAAUUCUCA